GUUCGUCAUAAGGAUGUAGUGUCUUUAUCCCUUACCAUUACUUUAUCAUCUGUUUUACAUGUUCCAAAUUUUGCAUAUAAUCUCUUAUCCAUUAGUCGUCUUGCCAAACAAUUUAAUUGUGCUGUCAUCUUCUUACCCUCCUCUUGCCUUUUACAGGACUUGAGUUCAAAGAGGAUUUUUGGUAAGGGCUAUGAGCGUGAUGGGCUGUACUACUUUGGGGAUCCACCGGACGAGCUUUCCUCUUAUACUUUGGCUAGUUUUUAGGCCUCUGUUUUGCCUGUUUCCAUGUCUUGUGUUUUUAAUAUUCAAACUUUAGAAUUAUGGAACACUUGUAUGGGUCAUGUUAAUUUUCAGUAUUUAUGUCUACUUUUUCCUUCAUUUAAUAAAGCUUGCAAAGAUUCUAAGUUUCAUUGUGUGGUUUGUGAGUUGUCUAAGCAUACCCGUACUAGCUAUAUCCUUCAUAUGACUCGUGCUCCUAGUGUUUUUGAUCUUGUACAUUCUGAUGUCUGGGGCCCUUCCCCUGUCACCGUUUUUUUUGGUCAUAGAUAUUAUGUGACUUUUAUUGAUGAUCACACUAGGUGCACUUUGGUUUAUCUAAUUCGUCGUAAGUUUGACGUCUUUCCCAUAUUUGUCCAAUUUUUACAGAUGGUUAAAACUCAGUUUCAUACAAUUGUUAGGACUAUCCAUCCUGAUAAUGGUGGGAAAUAUAUUUCUAAUGCAUUUCAUUCCCAUCUUAAUCAAAACUGGUAUUCAACAACUUACUUGUCUUCGGACCCUUGAACAAAAUGGUGUCGUUGAACACAAAAACCGUUAUAUUAUGUCUACUGUUCGGUGUUUUCUUCGAGGUAUGGGUGUUCCCAAGUCUUAUAUGCAUAUGGCUGCCUUUACUGCUGUUUACCUCAUUAAUAGGACCCUUAGUCGUGUGUUGCAUGGACUCACUUCGUUUCAUACCCUUAUGCCCACCACCACUCUAUUUCCACUCUUACCUCGUAUCUUUGGGUGUACCUGUUUGUUCAAAUCGGAGUCCCACUCGCACAAAGUUAAAUGACAAAUCUAUUCGUUGUAUUUUCUUAGGGUACUCUUCUAUGUCCAAAGGGUAUAGGUGUUAUGACCCUGUGUCUUAUCACUUUCACCACACUUUGGAUGUUACGUUUUGUGAGGAUCUUUCUUUCUUUGGUACUAACCCUUUUUUGCAGGCUUCUCCUCCUGCUACUUCCACUGUUCGCCUAAUGACCAUUUUGAAUGAGGUUGACAAUGAGGUUGUCCCCUUUCCUCUUUCUCAACCUCGCCUCCUCCCCCAUUGCAAGUAUACUCUCGUUGCCCACGCACUCAACCCCCCCUGCCGCCUCUCUGAUCUCUAGGUCAGGUAACUCUUCUCUUUUAGCUCCUUCUCCACCUCCUUGUCGUAACCCACAUCGGGAUCGACAUCCUCCAAAUCGUUUUGAAUUAUUUGAGUAGUACUAAUCAUCCUAUUUCUUAGUAUCUUUCCUAUGACAAGGUUUUCCCUUCUUAUUGUUCUUUUCUUGGCAAGCUUGAGUCGGAGUCCAUUCCUCGUUCUAUAUCUGAGGCCUUUCAAAAUCCCAAAUGGGUAGCGGCAAGAUGGCGGCCUUAGAACAGAAUCACACUUGGGAUCUUGUACCUUGACCUCCUAGGGAAAGCACAGUUGGUUGCAAAUGGGUGUUCACUAUAAAGUACCUUGCUGAUGACUCAGUUGACCAUUACAAAGCCUGCUUGGUGGCCAAAGGUUUCACAUAGAUUUCUGGCAAGGAUUUUGGUGCCACUUUUGCCCUUGUCGCCAUGCUUCUUCUGUACGUCUCCUUAUCUCCCUUGUAGCAUCUCAUUCUUGGCUUCUUCAUCAGCUUGAUGUUAAGAAUGCAUUUCUCCAUGGAGAUCUUGAGACGAUUUACAUGGCUCCUCCACUCGGUUUUUGGGCUGAGGGGGAGUAUUUGGAGAAAGUGUGUCGGUUACGCAAAUCCUUGUAUGGUUUGAAACAGUCUCCAUAAGUAUGGUUUGGUCGCUUCAGUUUUGUUAUUAUAUCUAUGGGCUUUGUUCAAUGCCACUCCGAUCACACUUGUUUCAUUAGCUAGAAUUUUGCAGGUUAAUGUAUAGUCUUAUUAGUUUAUGUGGAUGAUACUAUUCUCACAGGUGAUGACUCCUGUCGGCAUUAGUCAAGUAAAGAAGAACUUGGGCCAAACUUUUGAUAUUAAGGAUUUGGGAUGUCUCAAAUAUUUUCUGGGAAUUGAGGUGGCUCGCUCAAGGAAGGGAAUCUCCUUGUCUCAAAAAAAGUACACCCUUGACUUACUUUAGGAUUCUGGUAUGUUAGGGUGUAAACCUGCUUCUACUCCUAUGAAUCCUAAUGUCAAACUCACAUUAGAGUCUAGUGAGUUGCUGGAUGACCCAGGCAAGGCAUGUAUCAGUGUCUUGUUGGAUGCCUUAUUUAUUUGAUCAACACUAAACUUGACUUGACAUUUGCAGUUAGUGUUGUGAGUCAGUGGAUGCCUCAUUUAUUUGACCAACACUAAACUUAACUUGACAUUUGCAGUUAGUGUUGUGAUGACGUUCAUGCAUGUACCUUGUAAAAAGUACCUUGAUGCGGUUCAUCAUAUUCUGAGGUAUUUAAAGACUUCUCCUGACUUGGGAUUGUUCUUUACUGCUAGUCUCCAAUCUAGGCUUUCUUGUUUCACUGAUACAGACUAUGCAGGAGCUAGGACUGAUCGGUGUUCCACUUCUGGCUUCUGUACUUUCUAUGGUGAUCAUCUUAUCUCAUGGAAAAGUAAAAGCAAGCAGUGGUUUCUAGGUCUUCUGCAGAGGCUAAGUAUCAGGCUAUGGCAUAUGGGACAUAUGCAGUCAAGUCCUACAAAACAUCCCCUUGAAGUGGAAAGGGAAGAAAAUGGCUUCGAUGGUUCUACUUUCUCAGAUCACUUGGAUAAGCCUCUUCGGCAACACUUAGAUGUGGCUUAUUCUGAAGUGGAAGAGGAUUAUAGUGCAGGAGAUGAAGAUAAUCAGUCUAGUGAGAAUGCUCAAAAACAAAUGGUGGUUUAUGAUCCUUCUGCUAAUGGUACAGGUGAAAUUGAAGCUGUUCCUGAUCCCAAUGAGUACCAACCCCCUCCUUUCCCAAGAAACUCUUUGCCAUGUCACUCUUCCAGAGUGUUGCCGUCUGUGGGGGCUUUCACUGUCCAGUGUGCCUACUGCUUCAAGUGGAGGCUCAUACCAACAAAAGAAAAGUACGAGGAAAUACGUGAACACAUUUUAGAGCACCCUUUUGUGUGUGAAACAGCUCAUGAGUGGCGGCCUGAAAUAUCAUGUGAAGAUCCACCUGACAUUUGCCAAGAUGACAGCAUGCUCUGGGCAAUUGAUAAGCCUAAUAUUGCUCAGCCUCCUCCUGGGUGGCAGCGGCUUCUGAGAAUCAGAGGUGCUGGAAGUACCCAUUUUGCAGAUGUGUAUUAUGUUGCACCGUCAGGCAAGAGACUUCGCUCUACGGUUGAGAUUCAAAGGUACUUGCUGGAACAUCCUGAGUAUAUGGAUGCUGGGGUGACCAUGUCACAAUUUUCAUUUCAAAUCCCAAAACCUUUGCAGGAAAACUAUGUGAGGAAGCGUCCUGCUCGUUUGACAGCUUCAUCUGAUGGCACAAACAUUGGGAUGCCGGGGCUUCUUGAACCUUCUGAUGUCAAUCCCCUAGCACUGCCCAGUCCAGAUGAGAAUACAGAUUUACCGCUCGAUGGGCCAGGGCUUUCUUCUCUAUUGUGUGAAUCACUUGCUUCUGAACUUGUAGAUCGACCAACAAAGAAGCAGGCGAGGACAACAUCUCAACAGAUGUGCGGGUAGUAAAUUAAGUUUAUGAUCAGGGCAAGGCUGAAGAGCCUUUAUCAAUCCAGAAAUGGUGCUCGUGCUUGAUCUCUAGCCCUUGGUUUGAAGCCCUUAUUUGUUAACUGAGCUUCUGUAUGUUACAUUGGCAUUUUGCCAUUUUGGUGAGCUUGAAGUACAAGGGAAAAAAUUCAAUUUACCCUUUCAUGGUUUGGGCUUGAAGUACUUUAUCUCGUUAAAUAUAGAUCGACAAGUGUAAUGUGAUUUUGAGCUAAAGCACAAUGCUAAUUCCGUCAAUAAAAAAUAUAAAAUGACUUUAAAAAA